GUCGAGUUCAAGACCUUGGUGCGCGAGCUCCACAGAAACGGCAUCGAGGUCGUGCUCGACGUAGUCUUCAACCACACGGGAGAAGGGGCCUGGGGCUGCAGCAACUGGAACUGCUUGGCAAAGAUCGCAGAGAGUCAUUUCUAUCUUCUCUCAAACGGCUACCACACCAACUACACCGGCUGUGGCAACACAGUGAAUGCCAACAAUCCUACAUGUACGGAGUGGAUCGUCGAAUGCUUGCGCUACUGGGCGCUUGAAAUGCAC